AUGUUAGAAAAGGAAGAAGAGAUUAUUUCCACUAUAGGAUUUACCUCAGAGAACGCUGGAGUUUCGCAAAAGCUUUUUGAGAAUUGCUUGGAUAGAUGGAGAAGAAGUGAUCUUUGCACUGACCAACAAUAUGACAAUAUUAAAAAAAGUGGGAAUCUAGAUUUUUGUAUAUUGGAUGCUAGGUUCUCAACUGGGAAGUUCCCUUCCCAGAAUUCAUCGCCUGAAUUCUACGAAAAGUAUAAUUCAUACUCUUACAAUGCAUUUUCUAAUAUAACUCCACAAGAUAAUAUUGAAACACCAAUUAUACAGCUAUUUGGUUCAACUCAAAGUGGAAUCACGGUUUUAGUACAUAUACAUGGCUUCUUUCCAUAUCUAUAUUGUGAGGUACCCAAAAGCACACCUCCAAAUCCACAAAAAGUUAAAAGUCAGAUAGAAAGUAAUUUUGGGUCAACAGGAGAAGGGAAACAUAAAGUUCUUAAUAUCCAAGUUGUACAAAAAGAGUCAAUAAUGCACUACAAAAGUGAUUUAGAAGCAAAAGAAUCUCAGUUCUACAAGAUUACUUUACAACUCCCAAAUUCGGUUCCAACCUGUAGAUCUAUGAUUGAAAAUGGGAAUCUGGAUUGUAUUCCUCAAGCCUUUGAAGCUAAUAUCCCUUUCAUUCUAAGAUAUUUAAUCGAUUUAGGUCUAAGUACAGGAUCAUGGGUAUCUAUACCGAAAGAAAAAUCACAUAUAAGACUUGGAGGACACAAAUUUGAUUACAAAGAGACCAAUUUUGUUAAAACAAGUCCAUAUCAAAAAAUAAGCUCAUGCCAAAUUGAGAUUGAUCUUUUUUAUGAUGACUUAGAAGUACUUGGAAGCUCAGGAAAAUGGGCAUCUUUACCACCUAUUAGAGUCCUUUCUUUUGAUAUUGAAUGUGUUACAGAAUCUGGAGUGGGAUUUCCAGAACCACAAAAAGAUUCUGUUAUUCAAAUAUCAUCAGUAGUUACACUUUUGGAUAACCCAGAAUCAAUAUGUAAUGUAAUAUUCACACUAAAAGAAUGUGCUUCUAUACCUGAAGCUUUUGUAUUUUGGUUUGAAUCUGAAAAAGAUAUGUUAAUAGCAUGGAAGAAUUUCAUAAUAGCAACUGAUCCAGAUGUUAUGACUGGUUAUAAUUGUAUCAAUUUUGAUAUGUAUUAUCUUUUAGAAAGAGCCAAAUUGUUCCAAUUAAAUGAUUUUUUCUUUUUUACAAGAUUAGAUAGUACUAAGGUAGCAAGUAAAGAUACCAGAUUCUCAUCCAGGGCUUUUGGAACACAUGAAAGUAAACUAAUUAAUAUUGAAGGAAGGAUUCUUUGGGAUAUUUUAGAGACAAUUCGUAGAGAACACAAGUUAAAGAGUUAUUCAUUAAAUUAUGUUUCCACGACAUUUUUAAAGGAACAAAAAGAGGACGUACAUUACUCUAUGAUUAGAGGGUUGCAAGAUGGUAAUCCUGAAACCAGAAAAAGAAUUGCAAUAUAUUGUCUCAAAGAUUCUCAACUUCCAUUAAGACUUAUGAGGCAUUUGAAAUUAUUCCCAAAUAUUAUAGAAAUGGCAAGAGUAACUGGUACUACAAUUGAUAUUUUACUUAGUAGAGGCCAACAGAUUAAAGUUACAAGCCAAAUUUUGAGGAAAUGUAAAUCUACCAAUUUUCUGAUGCCAACGGUAAAGAAUCAAUCUGAUGGAGAAAACCAAUAUGAAGGAGCAACAGUAUUAGAACCAUCAAAAGGAUUUUAUAAGAACCCAAUUUCCACUUUAGAUUUUGCUUCUUUAUAUCCCUCAAUUAUGAUCGCUCAUAAUAUUUGUUAUUCUACACUAAUUCAUCCAAGUAAUGUUAAGAACGUACCAGAGGAACAAAGGGAGACUUCUCCAACUGGUCAUUCUUUUGUUUUAUCUUCAGUAAGAAAGGGUAUUCUUCCAUUAAUUGUUGAAGAGCUUAUAGCUGCAAGAAAAAAAGCCAAAAAAGAAAUGGCAGAGACUACUGAUCCAACAUUAAUCUCUAUUUUGGAUGGUAGACAGCUUGCUUUAAAAACUUCAGCAAAUAGUGUUUAUGGGUAUACUGGUGCAGUAGCUGGAGGGCAACUCCCAUGUUUAGAACUUUCAACAAGUAUUACUUCAUAUGGUAGAAAAAUGAUUGAUAUUACUAAAAAUGAAGUUGAGAAGAUUUAUAAAAAAGAAAAGGGUUAUUCUGCUGAUGCCAAAGUCGUUUAUGGUGAUACAGAUUCUGUUAUGAUAGAAUUUGGAGUUUCAGAUAUUGGAGAAGCUAUGAAACUUGGUCAGGAAGCAGCAACAUUAAUCAGUAAACUCUUUGUUCCACCAAUCAAAUUAGAAUUUGAAAAGGUUUAUUGCCCAUUCUUAUUAAUGAAUAAAAAAAGGUAUGCUGGAGUACUUUUUAAAAAUCCACAAUUCCAUGAAAAAAUUGACUGUAAAGGAAUUGAGACAGUUAGAAGAGAUAAUUGUCUUCUUGUUCAAAAAGUGGUUGAUACUGUAUUAAAAAAGAUUCUAGUUGAUAAAGACGUUGAAGCAGCCAAACAGUACACCAGAAAUGUGAUUUCUGACUUGCUUAAGAAUAAGAUAGAUUUGUCUUUAUUGGUGGUAAGUAAGAGUCUUGGAAAAGAUGAUUAUACUGCGAAACUCGCUCAUGUUGAACUUGCAAAAAGGCUUAAAUUAAGAGAUCCAGGAUCUGCACCUAAUAUUGGAGAUAGAGUAUCUUACGUAGUAAUUAAAGGUGCUAAAGGCCAACCCCAAUAUGACCGAGCUGAAGAUCCAUUAUAUGUACUUGAGAAAAAUCUUGCAAUUGAUACACAACAUUAUGUAGAUACUCUAAAGUCCUCGGUAAUCAGAGUCUUUGAAGGAGUAAUGAAGGACCCUGAAAAACUUUUCUCUGGAAGCCAUACGAGAUCUGUAACGGUAUUAAGCGUUACUGGGGGUGCUUUGGCUGGGUUUGUAAAAAAAGGUCUUCAGUGUAUGAACUGUAAGACAAUAAUUAAAGAGGGAUCACUUUGUAAAGAUUGCUCCAAACAAGAUAAUAUGGAAUGUUCUGUACUUAUUAAUAAGCUUCAUGAGUUUAGAGAGAAAGAAAUUGAAUACAAUUCACUCUGGACUCAAUGCCAAAGGUGCCAAGGAAGUGCCUUCCAAGACAUUAUUUGUACUUCCAGGGACUGUCCAAUCUUUUAUAGGAGGACCAAAGUUAGAAAGGACGUGAACGCUAUUGGAGAACAAAUUAAAAGGCUUGAUCUUAAUUGGUAA